ACGUGACUCGCGUCGCGAAACAUGGCGCGCGGACUCGCCACGAAGAUGGCUGCCGCGCGUUACGAAAGACCGGACGAUAUAACGCGGGGAAGCCGUUUCCCGAACGUUCAGACAUCCGCCGCGCCGCCGUCCGCUCUCCUCAGUCGCCGGGCACGGUGGUGGCCGCCGGCGCGAUGGUAUACGACAUCAAGUGGCUCAUACCGCAACUACGGAACCCGUCCCGGCUGUGGAACAUCGCGAGCAGCAUAACCUUCGCGGCGGUGGGCAUUUUUUCCAAGAUCAUCAUAGAAUGGCUGAACAAAACGACGGUGUACAACAAGCACAUUAUCGUGCGCGCCUUAGACCUCCGGCCGAAAAACGUUCCGCUCAUUACCGUGUCGAAUCAUCACAGUUGCUUCGACGAUCCGGGUAUAUGGGCGACCCUGGACGUCCGGCACGGGUUUAAUCGACGUAAGAUACGAUGGUCGCUCGCCGCGCAGGACAUUUGUUUCACGAAUGUCUGGCAUUCCUACUUUUUCAUGCUCGGCAAGUGCAUACCCAUCGUCCGCGGCGACGGCGUGUAUCAGGCAGCCAUGGACUUCUGCAUCGAAAGGCUGGCCCUUGGCGAGUGGGUGCACGUCUUCCCCGAGGGAAAAGUCAAUAUGCUUAAGGAAGACAUGAGGUUGAAGUGGGGCGUGGGUAGAUUAAUAUUAGAAUCGCCCGUCACGCCUAUUGUAAUUCCUAUCUGUCAUCUCGGUAUGGAUGAAGUACUUCCCAACGAGCCGCCGUAUAUGUUUAAAAUGGGAAAGAGAGUUACCAUGAAUUACGGCGAGCCCAUAGACUUUAGCGGAUUGCUGGCCGAAUUGCGGGAGUCGCAGGCGAGCGAGACGGAGGCGCGAAAAGCGAUAACCGAUCACAUUCAGCAAGAGCUUUCAAGAUUGAAAGCAGCAACGGAAAAGCUUCACUCUAAGUUAUGACGAAGAUGAUGCCUAUUCCUUCGUCUCCCUCCGUCUAGCCUUAAUUUGCCAAAUAUAUAAAGAGAAAUUGAUAACGUCACAAAAGUGAGAUUUGUAUGUAACGUAAUCCCGUGAGAAAUUUGUAUAUGUAAACGUAAAUCUUGUGCGACAUCAGUUUCCUUUUUAAUGCGUACAUUCGUAUUGUAAUAGUAUUUUUGACAAUAUUGAGUAUCGUAAUGUAAGCAUCAAUUGUGUAAGAAGUCAUUUUGCGAAACUGACGUUUCCAUCGUUUUUUUUAAUAAUUAUUCCACGUAACUCUCCGAGAAAUCGCUUGAUACUCUCACCAUAAUGUAUCCUACAUAUUUUUUAAUAUGAAAUUAAAAUGUUUAUUUCACGAUAUUAAUUUUUUUUUUACUAAUUUCAAGGACAGACUGUAUCGAUGAACUCCGUUCCCGGUUGGUUUCAUUAUAGAGAUUUAAUUUUUAAAUGAUAAAUAGUGACUAAUAGCGGAUUAUUUUUAAUUAUAAAUAAUUAUAAUUAUAAACAAUUUUUUAUAAGCAAAGAACUGAUUGCAUUCAUCAGAGAUUUGUAAGAAGAUAAGGUGCACAAGCUUUCGAUACAUUUUGCUGAUUUCCUUCUCGGAGAGUUACAUAUUUCUUGGAUAACGUCUAUUGUACACAUAUACCGCCUUGUAUAAUAAUUUAUAAAUAUCUGUAUACAGAAUGUCCCACUUCUCGCGCGCAAAAGUAGGAUUUCUUGUAUAUUAUAUAUGUACAUAGUACGACUAAUUAUAACGCUAUCAUUAUGAUUUUACGAUGAUUGUCAAUAAAAGUUUUGAUAGUACAAGCGGAGACUACGUAAUGCAACUAAGGUUUAAUAACGUAACGUAUAAAAUGAGAAAAAUCGUGCCAGUACCUCAUCCAUUAUUUUAUUUUUCGGAGAUCUAAGGUGUCACUAUUAGCGCAAGUAUAGCGCACACACGGCCAUUAUUGAUUAUACGCUUCGCGCUCUCGUUAGAAGCACCGUGCCAAUUAAUCGAUUUCUACUCGUUUUGCUAAGGGCCGCGUAAUAGGCAUUCGCGUUUGCAGUUAAGAUAAACGAGCACCGAACAACUAAUGCACAGGGCGCCUACGUGGAAGAAACCACUCGUAAGUUGUAAUGUUGUAAUUUUAAAAUUUGCAUAAAAACUCGUUUGAAAAAGCAUGGAUGUGGCUGCAGCAUGGACGGGAAGUGCGUUUUUACUUCACUUUAUAGCUGUGAAAGAAAACCAGAAGCCAAUGUAUUCGUUCGCCGAUGAUGCAUGAUUGUUUUUUUUUUUUUGGAUAUUUAUUGCGAUAUAUUUAAGUCGUUACAACAGCUGUUAUUAUGACAAUCGCAUAUCUAUGUACGCUCCCGUGCGUGUGCGUAUAUAUACACAAUGUCGAAUACACAUACUUUUAUACUAUACACACGGACUGCUAUCAAAAUUUUUGGGGCUAUUCGAACGUGAUAAAUUUAUAUAUGUAUCAUAUACUUGUUGAAUAUAUUAUUAAGUAUUAAAAUAUUUCGUCUUUCUCUAUCGUCUGAAAUAAAAUUGUCUUGUUUGUUUUAUCGUUUGACAUUUUCUCUUAACAGUAAACGCAAAAUUUGUUCCCUUCCCUAGAUUACGUCAGGUCUCUACACGACUUCUGCAUGCUAUGUACACUACCUGUUUACAAAUGUGUGUAAGGCAAUGACUUCGAAAGGGAGUAAUCUAAAGUAACGCAUAAAAAUCAUGUCAAUUACGAAGGACUCUUAAAGAGCUCGGUAGUAAUCGAUUCUGAACAUUUCAUUACUAUGUGCACAACACAAUUUAAUACCAUAAAAGAAUAUUUUUCUUGCCGAUAAACGUUAACUUUAUCGUCUUUCGGC